AUGCCCGGGAACAGCGAUACUGCCGAUGCUAUCGAAUCGUCUCCGCUCCUUCGUUCGUCUGACGAUAUACGCUCGCGCACCGACGAGGGAAUACACGCGACUGCCGAGGCCAACGAUGCCAAAUGGACCGGCGGCGCCAUCCGCACUGCCUGCUUGGCGGCGGCGGUUCUCGUCUUGUACGCUUUUGCCGAUGUGCUAAGAUACACAUCCACUGUGCGGUUGAUUGAAGUUGGCGUGUGUCGGGAACACCACCCCGAGAUAGACCUGCAUGAGGCUCCAGCAGCCGAAGAUCCCUGCAAGUCGCCACCCGUGCAGCAAGAACUGGCGCGCCUCCGUGGAUACUUGUCUGCUCUAGAAGCAAUUGUCGGGCUGCUCCUGACUCUACCGUAUGGCUUGCUCGUGGGUCGACUGGGCGAGCCUCUGCUUGCAGGUGUCAACAUUGUUGGAUACCUCCUUUCAUGCGCAUGGCUUAUCAUCGUGUGCUUCUACUAUAAUGCCUUUCCAAUCUGGAUCGUUGUGCUGUCGCCUCUCUGGAGGGUACUUGGAGGCGGUACUCCGUUUCUUGCGUCUGUUAUAUACUCGCUUGUGACGAAACAUGUUCCAGCUGCAAACAGGUCCCUUUGUUUCUUCCUUUUCAUGGCUGCUCAACUCUGGACUGAGAUUGUGGCGAUCAUGCUUGCAGCGACCCUGCUCGAGCACGAAUACCUAUUUACCUUGAUGAUGCUCAACUUUCCCCUUGGCCUGCUGUGUCUGAUCACGAUCUUCAUGUUGCGCCUUGAUAAUAAUCGAAGUGCGUCGGCGGAUGUUGAAGAUGAAUUAGAUAACGAGCCGGUUGAUUUAGUCAGCUCUAUUCGACGCAGUUUGCGUAUACUUCCCCAGCUCUUGCAUGACCGCUAUAUUGUCGUCUUAUUAUCUACUGUUCCUGUGGCCAAGCUCCUGAACCCUAUCAUGGAGCUCAUGUUCCAAUAUAUACCGAGGAAAUUCGGUUUAUCACUUGCAUGGACCAGUCGCUUGAUUUCCAUGCAGGCAUUGGAGAGCAUGAUCUUCCUAGUCGCCCUGUUACCACUUGCUAAGCGCAUUGCUCAAACACGGUUUCAUCUAAGUCCCAUCAAAGUUGAUUUAUCAAUUGCCCAGUACGGUUUUCUGGUCAUGAUCGUAGGUUGUCUUAUCAUGGCGUUUGCGCAAUCGCUUAUAAUUUUCAUCCUUGGCUUUUUGAUCUUCAUAACCGGCCUUAGCACCCGCCCUGCUCUUCAGGCCGUUCUCGCAGACCUCGUCAGUCCCGAACAUGUAGCCGUUCUCUACACUAUGAUGGCAGUUGGAGACGGUAUCGGAUCAGCAGCUGGCGCAUUGAUACUCAAUCGUAGUCUCGCAGUUGCUAUCGGAUGGGAUGACAAAAUCUAUCUCGGUCUCCCAUUCCUGAUUGCUGCUGUUUGUUUCAUGCUUGGCUUCGUGGGAUCUAUAUUUGCUAACCGAGCGUUGCGACCAAGGUUGAGUAUCUGA